AUGCUCGCGCCUGUCAACUCGCCUUCCCGCUGCCUCCGGGUACCCGGGCUUAGGGGAGGCCGCCCCGCGAUCAAUCGCCGCGCCCUAGCCGCCGCAGUGCACCCCGCGCAGUCAGUCAGGGAGCCUGAAGCCGACCCCGCUCCCCGGGCCCCGCGCCUUACCCCGGGAGUCGAAGAUGGAGGAAGACAGACCGGCGGCAGCAGCAGCGAAGGCAACAGCGGCAGGGCUGCGGAGCUGUCUCCCAGUGUGGACCCAGGUCCUCAGACAAGCCCAUUCCCCUGCCUGCCUACGUUUCGCCUGCUUCUCCUAAACCUGUAUUUUGCCCCUGCCCUGGAACUCCAGCUCCUUGGUGGAGAGACCGCCCUGCCCACUGAAGCCAAAGGAGGCCCCAUCGUCCCCGCAGGGUAA